AUGCCAAGAGACGAAUUUGCCAAGAGAAUUUCUGGACUGGCUCUUCAGGAGUCCUCUGCGGAGAAGCUGGAUCAGAAGUUGUCUUCUAUGCUAUUGGACAGCAUGCCCACCGGAGGCUUUCAGGGACUGCAGUGUGAAAACACACCUGAAAAAGGUACACUCCACCGUGCAGAUGUACCAACACUCCUUCACUUUGCUGCCCAGUAUGGAUUCAAGAGCAUCUCCAGCCUGCUCCUGCAGUGUCCAGGCGCUAAGCGAGCGCUGCACACAGCCAAUCGCCAUGGACAGACUCCCACUGAGAUUGCCAAGAGUCACGGCCAUACAGAGCUUCAUGUCUUAUUGAAGGAAACGCUGAAUAUGUUCAACUCAGGCGAGGACAAUGGUGAUGCCAGUGUGUACGAAAUGAUGUGCACCGCAGAGGAUGAGGAGGAGGAGGAGGAGGAGGAGGAAGAUAUCUAUGCACCACUGGGGGUUAAUGAUGAAUAUGACACCAUCCUGAACUCAACCAAAGCAGUGGUUAUUGCCAAUCGCCCACCAGCACCCACACCUCGGCCUGAGAGCACCCAGGUGAAGGAGGACAGAACCCCUUACAUUGCUCAAGUGUUCCAGAAGAAGAAGACACCAAAGGGCGACGCUGAUCUGUAUUCACUUCCCACUAAACAAGCACGCGGGCGAGGGGACAGCAUCUCUUCCACCUAUGAUGCCUUUGUGCCAAACAAGAUACACGGGCUUCAGCAGCUCAUUGAGCUCCAGCAGAGGGUGAAGGCAGGUUCACUCACUGUGGACGGGGCCCUGGAGCGCUUCAGUGACUGGCAGCAGGUUCAGAAGGGCAUGGAUGCCGUCCAGCAGGAGAAUUUGAGACAACUGAGAGCUACUGUCAUCAACAACAGAGAGGAUGAUGAAAGUGUCUAUGAUAAAAUCAACAUCAUUCAUCACGCGCCAAGUGUUGCAGUGAAUGAAAGUCGAAGAGGAAGCCAAGCAGUGGAAUCAGAUUUUUACAGCAAGCCACUUAAAGGACAGCACUCAAAUUUCUUUUCAAAAGCCAACAAACGGUGAGAGUCUGAGAAAGAAAAGAAAACAACUGCCUCCACCGCUCAUCAGAGACUUGAAUCUUCCACCUGUUUUAUCUAGUUUAAUCUGCUUAAAUACAUACUAUGUCAUUUUAAUUGUAUUAUUUUGCAUUUUUUGCAUAUUUUGUAUUUCAAAGUAAGAUUUUUGAUAUAUUUCCAGUUGCUUAUUCAGCUCUUUUUGACUCUUUUAAAAUAUUAUGGAAGUAAAUUCUUGUUUUAAGGAAA